AUGCACUUAGAAAACGCAAGAUAUGAGGGGUUUAAGGGCGUGCUCGGAGGAACCUCCCCGAUUCUCAAAUCACGUCCCAACUUGGGGAAAAACGAGGGUCCCGCCUUGUCUGACUUGGCAAAUGGUGAGGCCCAUGUUGGACCAACACCGAAGCCUUUAAAAUCUGCCCCGAAGCGUCUUGAGCGCGAAAACGGCGAAGCUCCCCAAAAUCUCUUUUUCUUCUUCUCCUCCCCAGAGUCUAGUAGCAGUGGUAAGACUCUUGCGAGUUCCGACUUUCUAAUUCUGAUUUCAGUAUCCGAUCAUAGAAGUGAUCAAAUGAUGGAAGGAGAUGAAACCAAGAAUCAAGAAGAUAAAUUGCCCCAUCCGUCUUCCCCAGUACGAAAACUUGAACAAUUUGGAACCUUCAGCGUAAAUAAUGAAGUUCCUCAUGGUACUGGAAGUCUCUUUGAUGACAAUGAUGCUGGAGAUAUCAAAAUGCAUUUAAAUAAUGUGCCACCAAUGCUUCCUGCUUCUCCUUCUGUUAACAUGCUUGGAAUGAGUCAAUCUCAUAAUCAGGGCAUUCCAUUAACUGAUGUCUCCCAAUUCAAUAGUUCACAGAUGCCUUGGAUCAUCCGUGAUUCCUUAGUUUCACCAGAUUCAAAAUUUCCAUUUGCUCAAGCAAGCAUGAAUGAAUUUGGUCAAUAUCCUAUUCUUGAGGACUUACCGGUUGCUUCAAAUUUGGAGAAUUCUUUCGACCAUGUUCAUCAUCUUGAGAAGCCUCCUACUGGCACAAUGUCUAUAGGUCCGAAAGAUAAAUUUGCUGGAGACAUACAAAUUGAUAGUGUGGAUGGAGAAGCAAUUGGCAGUGAAAUUCAUGGGUCUCAGUUUGUAGGUAACAUCAAGAGGCAAGGAGUAAAAACAGCUGUGUCACGUCCCCCACCUUGGGCUGGUGCAGUUCAUUCUAAGAAUCCUGAAAAGCUUGAUGGGAGUUACCUGAAACUUGGAGUUGGAGGUCGUUUAGAGGCCAGAUCUGAGUCCCAUUUUUCCUGUGAGGAUAAUCCUCAUAAAUAUAUGAGUCCAGUUCUUCCUGAACAAAAUGCUUCCCUUGCUCAAAUAACCAAAAGAAGUUCUUUGAAUCCUGGUUUCAACAAGACUGCUGGCUUUUCUAGUCUUCCCAAUAGUGCUGAUGUGCCUUCUAGUUUCCCGAACAAUGCAGGUGUAUAUCCUAGCCUAGAACAGAAUGUGAAUGAGGUUUUGUGUGUAGCAGAUAAUGCAGGCACACUUCCUAGUCUACCGCAGAAUAUGGAUGGUUGGACCUUGUCUAGUAAUGAUUUUGGAAUGCCCUUUGAUGAGGGCACAGGGUUUGGUUGGGAUCCAUCACUUACAAGUCAUAUGCUGCCAACUGAUGUGCAAUUUCAAUAUCCUAUGCCAAGCAGUUAUGCAAGAUAUGCAGUUGCAGAUCAUACUGAAGAUUUUGGAGAUCUGCCAGCUGCAGCUUUGACACCACAUAGUGGGGUCGGCCACGAUGGAAGGUCUACUGGAAUUGGGUUGCCAUCGUCUUCUUUGGUUAUGAGAAUUGCUUCUCAAUUGGAUUCUGGUCCGCUGCAGAAUUGUAAUGUGGGUACUUUUCACAACUUACCAUCGGAGCCUCUUGUGGUUUCUCCUUCUGUUGCAGUUAUGGGAAGCAAUAACAAGCGGCGUAGGUCAGGGCAUGUUAGACAACCUCAAGCCCUUGGUCUACUUCAGUCUGCCCUUAGAGUUACUAAUACCUCUGGUCAAGAAAUGCCAACAAAUAAUGGUAGUGGACCUGCUCAUGAUUCCAAGGUUCUUGUUCCACCAUUGCUUAAGAGAAGCAUAUCCCAAAACCGUCUAGCAACUCCCCAGGUUCAGCAUGGGCCGAUCAGCUUCCCAAAGCCAUCCUCUGAUCCGUCUACUCCAGGUACAGUCAAAACUGUUCCACUUCCUUCACCAUUAGCUCAUACCAGGCCCUAUCCUGGAUUGGUAGCCCAUCAUGCUUGUCGUGCAUCCAUGCCUACUAGCCCUACUCAAAGUCCACAUAUAAAAUGGUCAGGUAUGUCUCCCAAGGUUCAGCAUAGGGGGAUCACCUUCCCUAAGGCUUCCGGUUAUCCGACUACUCAAGAUGCGGUCAAUACCGUUCCACUUUAUUCACCUUUAGCUCAUACUGGGCCCUCUCCCACAUCAGUAGGCCAGCCUGCUCCUCAUGCAUCCAUGCCUAGCCCGACUCAAACUCCACAUAUGAAAUGGCGAGGUAUCUCUCCCCAGGUUCAGCAUCGGGGGAUCAGUUUCCCUAAUCCUUCCAGUUAUCCAACUACUCCAGAUGUGGUCAAAACUGUUCCUCUUCCUUCACCUGCAGGUCAUACUGAUCCCUUUCCCGCAUUUGUCGCCCAGCUUGCUCCUCAUGCAUCCAUGACAGGCCCUACUCAAUGUCCACAUAUAAACGGGCAAGAUAUCUCACCCCAGGUCCAGCAAAGGAUGAUCAGCUUCUCUAAGCUUUCCAGUCAUCCAUCUACUCCAGAUGCGGUAAAACCUGUUCCACUUCCUUCACCGUCAAUUCAUACUGGGCAUUCUCCUACAUUUGUAGCCCAGCAUGCUCCUCAUGUAUCCAUGCCAGGCCCUAUUCAAAGUCCACAUAUAAACAGGCAAGGAAUCUGUCCCCAGGCUCUGCAAAGGAUGAUCAGCUUCUCUAAGCCUUCCAGUCACCCAUCUGCUGCAGAUGCAGUUAAAACUGUUCCACUUCCUUCACCUUUAGCUCAGACUGGGCCCUCUCCCUCGUUGGUAGCCCAGCCGGCUCCUCGCACAUCCAUGCGUAGCCCUCCUCAAAUUCCACAUAUAAAAUGGAAAGGUUUGUGUAACACUACUACUCCACCAAGUGGAAAGAACUGUCCACUAUGUAAGCGAGAUCUCUCAUACACACCCGAGGGCCCUGUAUUCCAGCCAACAAAUCCACCGUUUGUUGCUUGUUUGCCAUGCGGCCACAUGUUUCACGAUCACUGCUUGAAUCUCAUUACCCCGGCAGACAUGGGGAAAGAUCCUCCAUGCAUUCCUUGUGCCAUUGGUGAGAGUUAGAUAUCCUGAUGCUUAUUCCUCUUCUGAUCAGUUUUGGAAUUCAAUUGUUUCAGAGUGAAUUCUGGUUAGUUUUUGCUUAAUACAUGUGCAAAGAAUGAAUGAAAAUUCUAGACAACAGUGACAAAACUGAGUAGGCAACAAUGAACAUGAUCAGUAGGGGGGGUACUUAGAGUGGUUUUGAUUGUAUGAAAUACCAACGAUUCAUUCUGCUAAAUGUAGGGUACAUUCUUUUUGAAAUGGAAGUUGAUGAUCCCAACAUCUAAUCUUCUGCAAAUGCCAAAUAGGGAUUGUUUAUGAAGAUUAAUAUAAGUAUUUUCCGACUACUCUUUUUUUUUUUUUUUUUUCAAAACACCAAACAUGUUCUUCAUAUAGUUGAGUGGGCGUAAACUUCGACCUAUAAAAACAGUCUGCACUAACCUGACUAUAGGUAAGAUUGAGUUGAAGCCCAUGCGGGAGAAAUGGG